AUGCACUACCCCGGCGAGCGCUGCCCGUCACUCCUCCUACCGGGCCCCAAAUUCAUCCCCGAGCUGCUCCCGCCGUGCCCGGCUCACCCCGAGCCCUUCGCCAACACCUGCCACCCCCUGAGCAUCACCAAGGGCCCGGCUCCGCGCUGGCAGAGCUGUCCCCAAGGUGCCACCGCGGUGUCGCUGCUGCCGUGCCAGCCGCUGGUGCAGAAGUGCCUGCUGCUCUACCCCGAGCCCUGCGAGACCACGCGGCUGCUGCCCCGCCCGAGGGGCUCCGGCGUCCCCCAGACCCUGCCGGCCCCACAGAGCCCUCGCGGCGACAAGAAACGCGUGGCCAGGAGCCUCCCGCCAUGUGCUCCGCGCUGCCCCGAGCCGGGCCGGCUGCGCUUCCCCCCGUGCGGCAUCCGCUGCUCCUCGGCGUCGUGCCGCGGCGAGUGCCGCUCGCACAAGGUGGCCGCGUGCCUCCCACGCUGCCCCGAGCUGAGCGGCGGCUACUCGCUGCCGCUCCGCGGUGUCACCGAGUGUCCCCCGCAGCAGAGCGUCACUCGCUCCUUCCUGCAGGAGCAGCUGGCCGGGGUCGCCCCGCACCGCUGCUCCAAGGGGUACCCGACGCAGGAAUUUGUCACCUGCUGCUCCACGGAGCAGCGCCUGAGCAGUGCCACCACCACGUGCGGCGUCACCAAGGCCACCAAGGAGUGUCCCCCGCUCCGGAUGGUGGCCAAGGGCUCGCUGCCGCUUGAGGGGACCAAGGGCAGGAGCUGCUCCGCGCAGCACCUGAGCAAGUCCCGGUGUGGCCACCACCACCCCCGGGGCUCCCCGCGGCCCUCCCGGCUGGCCCCGGCCGGGGCCAAGCGCUCCAGCCACUCCAAGAAAAGCCGCUCCGCCUCCAAGUGGCUCUGGUGA